UGCUUUCUUGUUUCUUUUUUCGGUUUGUUAUUUCUGCUUUAAUAAUCUGAAGUGGUGUUUGGGCUCAGUAUGGGACUCCCCGGUGUGAAAUGACAGACGGUGCGUUGAAUUUGACAGACACCGUAAUGUUGCGCAAACCUUUUCCUUUAACUUGAAGAAGUUCCUAAAGGCCGGUGGACAGUAUUUUACAUUAAAUAGGAGGCUGUUGUAUGCCUAGAUUUAUGAUAACAAAUAGUGUAUUAUAGAAAGUUGUGAAAUUAUAAACUUGAAAGUAAGUGGUCUUUUAUUGUCGAUGAUUAAGCGUUGGAUGAAUUGCUAAAGUGAAUCAGGUGGGCUGCUAGAAACAGAAAAUAAGAGUGGAGGGGAGCAUUUCAGUGACGGUGUGUGGGUAUGGGAGUUAGCGUAAUGUGAAUUUAUUGAUCUGUUCCCAGGUAUUUUUUCUUAUUUUGGCUUCAUUACACGAGUUUUUUUUUAGUUUGUUCCCCUAUAAGAGCGCUAUAAACCCAUCAGUAGAUUAACUCUGCAGUGCUUUUCUUUGUUUUGAUUUUCAGUUUUGCCGCUGGCCAUCCAGAUGUUUUAAUGUAUUCCAGUAGUACUACGGUUUGCCAUGUGAAUUUCCUUUGUUCGUCUGUGUAAACAAAGAGAGCCCCUUUCGUCCCUCCUUGGCUCUGGUAAAUCGGAAGGUUUAUGAUAGUUACUAUUAAGGAGAUUAUUUGGGCCCUUUAAUCUCCAAUCUGAGGAUUAACUGACGCUAUAUUGGUGUGUCCAGAUUAUUACGUCUCUGCUCAGCCUGUCGCUCUCCUGAUAGUGCUGGGGCACCUUCAGCAAAACAAGAAGAAAAUUAUCAGGCGUUUCUGUCAUUAAUUCUUAUAACCAGCUUAGCACAUUAGCCUAAAUUGCAGGUACACCGACUCCCCACCUGCCACUAAGAACUACUUGAAAGUUAACAGUCAGUCCGCGCUGGGAUUGUUGAAUUAAAUAUAAACUAGCCAUUUUAAGUUACUCUGUCUGUUUUGUCGUAAUAUUUCUUAUAAAAACAGCAGCACGUACGUAGUAGUUGGACAAUAUCACCAGUCACUCCGUCGAAAUUCGCUGAAAUCCGCACAAUGGAGGCGGAGAGCGUCCCCCCGAUUGACCCAGAUUUUGAGCCACAGAGCAGACCGAGGUCGUGCACAUGGCCGCUGCCUCGGCCCGACAUCUCAGCUGUCAAAGCGGAGGGGACAGACGGCGCCGAGUCCACCGCCGGGACCCCGCCCGCCGAGGAAGACAAACACGAGCCUCAGCAAAUCAGCGCCGAGCCAGAGAAAGCUGUGGCCUCGGAGGGAGGAGUCGUAGCCGGCGUGGGCGGGGCCACGCCCAGGAAGGGUUCAUCCCGUCGCAACGCGUGGGGCAAUCAAUCCUACGCCGAUCUGAUAAGCCAGGCCAUCGAGAAUUCCCCGGAAAAACGACUCACUCUGGCACAGAUCUACGACUGGAUGGUGAAGACGGUGCCGUAUUUCAAGGAUAAAGGAGACAGCAACAGUUCUGCUGGGUGGAAGAAUUCCAUUCGGCACAAUUUGUCCCUCCAUAACAAGUUUUUGAGAGUACAUAAUGAAUCAACAGGAAAGAGCUCAUGGUGGAUGCUCAAUCCCGAGGGGGGGAAGACGGGGAAAGCCCCUCGCCGCCGCGCUGCCUCCAUGGACAAUAGCACUAAAUUGCUGAAAAGCCGCAUGCGGGCUAAGCAAACCAAAAAGCAGGCCGGUGCAGGUGGCAUCAGUGGUCCUGGAGGUGCCAUCCAGGGUGAGGGUGUGUCUGGGGCAGGGGGUGCUGACAGUCCUGGCCCUCCGGGACAGUUUGGGAAAUGGGGGGUGAACAGUAGCAGCCCAUCAUCCCGCGGUAGCUUGGAUGAUCAAGACAUGUGGACAGGCUUCAGGCCACGCACCAGCUCCAAUGCCAGCACCCUGAGUGGCAGGCUCUCUCCAAUUGCCCCAGGACAAGAAGACGAAGACAACUUGCCUGAAGAUGGGCUUCUGAGUGGGUAUACGAGUGGCAGUCUUCCACCGACACUUACUGAGACCCUAAUGGAGGAAUUGGACCUAAUUGAUGGGCUUACUUUAAUGACAGCACAGCAAGGGGGUGCAAGUCCAAGUACUGCCCCCCAAGCCCCACCUACACCACUGCCCUCUGCAUCUACUCUGCUGCCUCGUGGAACUAAAUUUCCCUCUUAUCGUCAGCUGCAGCCAGUGAAGGGACCUCAGGGACCAACCCAGCCAGGGUCACAGAGCUCAGUUCAACAGGGAGGGGCCUCCAGCACGAGCCCAUCAAACUUUGGCAACUCACUCUUUAACCCUCUGCCUGGACCUGGAUCUCGGAGUGGGUUCAGUACUCAUGUGCCCUCCAGCCUUGAGGCACUUCUCACUUCUGACUCGCCCCCACCAAGUGAUGUCAUGAUGACUCAAGUGGACCCUCUGAUGCCCAGCCAGGGAGGUACUAAUCUCCUGGGGCUUGGGGGGCCCAUGUCUGGCAACCCAGCUAAGCCUAGUCAGAUAAUUUUGGGCAAGAGUAUGAAACCUAGCCCAGUAGGGCAGAUGACCCUUCAGCCCCAGACCCAACUACAGCCACAGCAGCAGCAGCAUGCUCAGUUGAACUUUGGCAUGCUGCUGUCAGGCAUGGGCCAGGAACCAGCACAGCUAACAGCCAUGAAGACCCAACAUCAAGUGCCAGGUGGAGGGCUACUUCAACAUGGAGCUGUCCCUUCAGCAGGAGGGAAUGGAGGUGUUCAGGGGAUAAGCCAGUUUGGAACACCAGCUUGCUUUUUGCCCUCUCAGGACCGUCUACCCACAGACUUGGAUAUUGACAUGUUCACAGAAAACCUAGACUGUGAUGUUGAUUACAUCAUCAACAGUGACCUUAUGGAUGGAGAUGCAAUUGACUUCAACUUCGACCCCAUUGUACCAGCUGGGCAAAGUUACCCUGGGCCAGCGACCACCCAGAGCUCCUCUCACAACUGGGUGCCCAGCUAACUUUGCUGAAGGUAGAAGCAGGACAGUUCUUCUUCCCUAAAAAAUGAUGGAAACUCAUGGUGCAUUGCCUAAAAUGUUGACCCAUUCAGUUUUUUUCCCCAUUGUACCUCAAAUACAUAAUCUGUUUUGGCUGAACAUAUAAACUGACUUGGCCAUUUUUUAAAUGUUUUUGGCAACUUUUUUUUAUUUGGAUCACAAAAGCAAACAAGUGCCAAUGUAUACCGGGAAGUGGGCUAUUGGACACCUAGACAUCAAACACAGGAAACAUCUUGAAACAUGUUAUAUGUACAAAAGUUGCUGUUUUGUCAGAUGCUGGGUAGGAAAAAGAAGAGAAUACAGUAGUGAAGAAGCACAAUUAAUGAACUACUAAUCAUGCAUUACAGUUAUGCCUAUUACUAAUACCAAAGUAGCGCAAGACUGAGAUGGUACUUCUCUUCUUUGAUCUAAAGACAGAACUGACUUGGCCAGGAGAAUCAAACUUUGCAGGUCCUUAAGACAUGAGGACCUCCCUUUAUUGAUCAGCAGCUAAAAAAAGAACCAUGAAAUUUCAAAACAAAGUAAAGCUGCAUUAAGCACUUGAAUGGAUCGGUGGAUCAGAUGGAUAACACAGCUGGCUUUAUCACUAGAACGGAUCGGUGGAUCAGACGGAUAACACAGCUGACCUGUCAACUUUCUGACGACCUCCUGAAGGCAGCAUUAAACCACAUGAACACAUAAAACAGUGUAAUCUUCACCAUUUGACAGAGUUUGAAUGGAGAUGGUCUUACUGAGCCCAGAACAUAAUGUAUAGUUGGACACACUGUGCUCCAGAUAGCACAGUCUCAGUGGUACGAGGUGUACUCAUACUUUGUGUCUUAGUAUGGAAGGAGGCUAAACAAAAGAAAAUAUUUCAAGAUGGUUUGGCAAUGUUAUGGCGUUUAAUGAGCUUUUAGUUUGGCAUGUAUAACAUCUGCUCAGGAAGGUAUUUUUCCCCCUUGUGUGCUGAAGAUUGGAGGCUGAUCACUAAGUGAGACUGAUUUUGAAUACUUGCUCUUAAAUUAUGUUAUUAAUAGUAUGAAGAAAUGUGACACACAGGGCAUUUUGAUGUACCAUAGAAUUUGAAUGAUCGCUUCUAUGGUUUUUACCACUCUGCCAACAAGUUGAAUGGCAUAGUGUUAUCAGAAAUAGAGUGCCCUUUUGCAAGAUGCAAUAUUUGAAGUUUUUUUGUGUAUUGCUUGAUUUUUCUAGUACUCGCAAGUGCUUGAAUUCGCAGAAAAGAAUCCAAAGUAAUGUUGAAUCAUUUCAUUUAAAGGUUUAAUUGAUUGGUAAUUCAACAGACACUAUACAACACUGUGUCUAUGGCAUGUAGAAUUCUUUUAAACUGUGCAAAAAGGGGGUGAGAUGUUAUUUUCUCAGUGAUUACUCUUUCUAAUUUACUACUAACCAUCUUUUGUAUAAAUUUGUUAAAAAGAGAAAGAAAACAAUUGAUAAUAUUGACUACAGUUUUAUUGUCCAACUUAGAUUGGGGCUAUAUUGUUAUUAAGCAGAUAUUCUUACUAAUCAGAAAAUACACUGUUCAUAUGUUUUGUUUUUUUUUAAACUGCAGAAAUGAUCACAAUUUUUAACGGUCAUUUUCUAUGUAAUCUUUUAUUUUUGUAAGAGAUGAGAUGCAUGUAGAUUUUAUACAUAACCAAAGGAACACUAAGAACUGCAUGUCAGACUGGGAGAGCUUGAGAUGAAAGUAUUGCAGUGUAGAUAAGCUUUACACAAUGGAGCCUGUUAAAAUAUUGAAGCAUUAACAUUUUAUUAAGUCAAAUAAAUGGAUUGCAUGGAUGCAUUUAUUAAGAUAACAUGCUUUGCAAAUUAGAAUUUGUCAUGUGAUCUCUAUAUUGUGAUAAAAAAUUGCAGAUGAUGUAAUGAGCUCUAUCACAUUGCCAGACAAUUUAUAUGAUUUCAUCUCAAAAAAAAAAAAAAAAAAAUACUGCUCAAACAGAAAGUGGAAGAUGCAAUGUUUAACUCUCAGGGUUUUAAAAAAAUAAUAAUAAUAAUGAAAAAGAACUUCCUGAAGGAAGCGGUAAGAUAAUCAUAUUGAAAACUCAUUGCUGAUUUUAUAAGCGCUACCCAGCCAUCACUUUCAAUGUUUUAACAUUGCAGAAGUAUAUCUUCAUGUUCCACUUGAUGUAUGCAUUUACAGAAUUUUGAUAAAAAAAACUGUUGUAAACUGCCAACGAACACUAUUGCAUGUUGCUCUAGAGCAAAUCCUACAGCUCCAUACUCUCAUCUUUUCUUUUCAACAUCUUUUGAGUUCUGCUUUAGAAAGGUUGACAUUUUCCUUCGUUUGGUUGGUCGGUUUUACUCCGUUAGUUUAAAAUCAGCAUUCUCAUCUUCUUUAUAUAGAUUGGACUUUGAUUUGCGAGCUGGAUAUUAUUCAUCAUUUAACUGUAAUAACUUGAGUAUAUUAGAUAUAAACUAACUGUUAAAAGCUCUGCGCUUGCAGAGGAUUUAUGUUUUCUUCUAUUGAUCGGUGCUAGACGUUAUCUAUGACAAUUAAAGAGGGCCAUAUUUAGAUUUCAGGGCCUUGAAUCAUUUUAUGCAGCACAUGUUCUGUACAAUUUUUCAAUAUAGAAAAUAGAAAGAUAAAUUGACCUAUAUUAUAAUCCCCAAACAUUGUUAGUUUUGUAGAUUUUGAAUAACUUUGUGGAUGCAGAUGAGGGGGUUAGCCAUUGAAUUAGUCUCUCACCACACAUCAAGUAACAAUGCACUACAUUUCUUAAAAUUAGCCUCUCUUUUAAAAAAAAAUGGAAAAAAAAGAGGAAACAUGGUGUUAUUUCGUUAUUAAGGCGAAUGAUCUCGAUCUGUAUUUCAAUUAACCGUUUACAUCAUCGCUCUGGUCUUUUUGGGCUUUACCUUGUUCAUGCAUGUGUGUUUGUGUGCUACAUGUUCUGUAUGUUUGAGUUAGGAAUGAUGAUGUAUUGAUUGUGUGGUUGGUGACGAUAGCUGAUUGGAGAAUGACAGUGAGUAUUGGACAAUGUACAUCAUAAGAGGAGAAAAAAAACAGCAGACUACGUUUAGACAAGCAGGCCAGAGUGCUGAAAUUGGAUUUGUACGUUGUUUUCUAAAGCGAUCAGACUCGCCUCUGCUGAUGGUUAUUAGAGCAGAAGUUUUCAUAUUAAAUACGUACAAGUGAAAACAAAUAAGACUGCAAGUCAAAGCAGAGUCCUAAAGGUUUGAAUACCAAGUGACUGACAAACUAAAGAAUUCUUUAUUUCUUUCUCUAGGAAUGACAGUGGAUGUAGAGAACUAACAGCGUUUUCAGUCAAAGUGUUCAUUUGAGAGGUUGGUUGGAUGUUGGAAAAUGAACAAUAUAGAAAUCCCAAUAGACAGGGUCACAGACUUUCUACAAAUGUUUUCAUAACCUCCAAAUCACAUCUUAUUCUUUUGUUUUUGUAUUAGCUUUCUCAUUUUUAGUAUUCAUUCUUCUAGUUUUUUUUUUCUUUCCUCCUGAGAUUCUGCUAAGUAUCCCAUUUCAUGAAAUAUUAUUUUAGUUUAUGAAUAGGAUUGAGUUUUGUUUGUUUGUUAUGGGGGAAGGCGGGGUAUAAAAGAUUGGUGAGUUGUGCAUAGCCAGUUUACUGUAUGUGUACUUCAUUGCUUUGAUUUAUUUUGAUUCAUGUUUUUUUUCCCCUUUCCCCUGACGUUCUUACUUUAAGUUAGCCAGAGGUGACUGUGAAAGCAGUCAUGGAUAACUGAAAUAAACCUAAUCAGUUUAACUCA